GGCCCGGCGUUCCUCGUGAUUCUUGUGAAGUACCAGUGCUAGUAAGGUUGGAGGGGAAUGACACAAGCAUCUAGUACAAAUAAAGAACAGGGGAUGACAUCUCGAUAGUCUACUCUCCUCGUGUCUGAGACCACUGCUGUGCAAUGGAGCAGUAUGCAACGGACACAGAGACCGAUGAUCAAGAAGAACCAUUGUUGCACCGCGGUGAAGAUGAACACAUAGAGAGAGCCCCAGCAUGUGGGUCAUCCCGUUAUGGCCUGGCCCUUCUUUCCAGUUAUGGCUUUUUCGUGGCCUAUGCCCUUCGGGUCAACCUCAGCGUUGCAAUGGUGGACAUGCUUAACAAUACUGACGCCAGUGGCAACACCAGCUCCUCUGUGUGCCCUGCACACUCUAGCCCCGAACGGCCACAACAUAACCACAAAGCUAGUGUGUAUGACUGGGACUCUGAGACCCAGGGCUGGAUCCUGGGAUCCUUCUUCUAUGGUUACAUCCUGACCCAGGUCCCUGGAGGCUACCUGGCACGCAAGUACGGGGCCAAGUGGCUCCUGGGCCUUGGAAUCCUGGGAACUGUAAUCUUCACCCUCCUCACCCCAGUGGCUGCUGACCUGGGCGCUGGCUACCUUAUCGCUGUGAGGGUAUUGGAAGGAAUCGGAGAGGGAGUGACAUUUCCUGCAAUGCAUGCCAUGUGGUCUUCUUGGGCCCCACCAAUGGAAAGGAGCCGGCUGCUCACCAUUUCAUACACUGGUGCUCAGCUAGGCACAGUUAUUGCCCUUCCCCUCUCUGGAGAGAUCUGCUUCUACCUGGACUGGACCUAUGUCUUCUAUGUGUUUGGUGCCGUCGGGCUGGUGUGGUUCGUCCUUUGGGUGCUCCUCGUCAGUAACACCCCCAGCACACACCCGCGUAUCUCUGAACAGGAGAAACGCUACAUCAUCUCCUCUCUCAGGAACGAGCUGUCUCCGACGGUGGAUCACAUCCCCUGGGGCUCCAUCCUGACCUCCAUGCCUCUGUGGGCCAUCGUGGUGGCUCACUUCUCCUACAACUGGACUUUCUACACGCUGCUCACCCUCCUGCCCACCUACAUGAGCAACAUUCUGGGCUUCAGCAUCCAGCAGAACGGUGCCCUGUCGGCCCUGCCUUACAUUGGCUGUGGCGUGCUGGCCCUGCUGGGGGGCCAGAUGGCAGACCGCCUGAGGGAGAACUGUCUGUUCUCCACCGUCGCCGUCAGGAAGGCCUUCACUAUCGUAGGUAUGUUAGGUCCAGCUGUGUUUUUGGUGGCUGCUGGGUACACAGACUGUAACUACACCUUGGCUGUGGCCUUUCUCUCUGUCUCGUCCUCCCUGGGGGGAUUCUCUGCCUCUGGCUUCAACAUCAACCACCUCGACAUCGCCCCCUCAUAUGCUGGCAUUUUGUUGGGCAUCACCAACUCUUUUGCCACGAUACCUGGUAUGGUUGGACCAGUCAUAGCCAGAGCACUGACCAAAAAUAACACUAUUGAGGAGUGGCAGACCGUGUUCUACAUCUCUGCCUGCAUCAACCUGUUUGGCGCGGCCUUCUACACCGUGUUUGGCCGAGGCGAGGUGCAGCCUUGGGCUGUCUAGAAACCCUAUUCCCACGACAACUGAGUCGUGGUCCGGGGACCGGCCUGCUUACCAAGUGAAUACCUCAGUCAUGGGGGUAUACUGUAAGGCUUAAGCUCUUAUAUCAGGCCCAUCAAGGUUUCUAUAUGCACAAACACUGACAGUCAAAAAGCCUUUGAAUUUAAGUAAGAAUAUUAAAUCAUCCACAUUGAAAACCUUGAAUUGUUAAAUGUAAUCAGAUGGCCCUUUUUAUAGCUAGGCCUUGAUAUGAUAAACAACCUCAGUAGUAUACAUAUUUCUUUAGUUUUUUUCUCAUUUUUAUUUGGUUUAUUUUUUACAUAUAACUUCCAAGUGUAAUUUUGGUAGCUCCCCAUCAGCAUUACAUGGGAAGACAAUGGAAAAAGCCAUAAUUGAGUCAGUUGUUUCCUGCUGAUGAUCAAACACUGCCCUCUUGUGCCUUAAACCAGUAGGCCAACUGGCCUGAAAGUUCAGUACUUCGAUCAUCACAUCAACCACGGGAAAUUUAAUGAAAUGUAUGCAUAUGUGAGGAAAAUAUUACAAGAGACAGGGAAACUUUCUGCACAUAAUCGUAUAUAUGCCAAGUCACUUUACUGUCAUGAAGUGUAUAAUUCAAUGCUUAAGCAAUUGUGUAUCGGCCUACAUUCCAGUAAAUAGUUACGUAUUUAUCGUUUUGUAUUGUUUAAUAUUCUGUUAAGACCAACCAUUUUGAUUUCCUAAAUGUUUAUUUUCAUUUAUUCCUGAUGUAGAGGUCAAAUAUGUAAUAAUAAAAUCUGUAAAUUGGC